CCUGCCAGGAGCAGCAGCUGGAGUUCGGCGCCAUUUACACAGCCACCAUCACUGAGAUCAGGGAUGUGGGUGUGAUGGUGAAGCUGUAUCCCAACAUGAGUCCGGUUCUGCUGCACAACUCACAGCUGGACCACAAGCGGAUUCAGCACCCCAGCGCUCUCGGCCUGGAUGUGGGUCAGCAGAUACAGGUGAAGUAUUUCGGCCGUGACCCGACAGACGGCAGGAUGAGGCUCUCCCGGAAGGUGCUGCUGUCCCCGACGGCCACGCUGGCCAAGAGUCUGAGCGAGAGACACAGCAUCUCUGUGGGAUCCUCCAGCCAGAACCCCGCCGACCCGUAG